UUUAUUUUUUACAGAUAUAAAUUUGAAGAUAAAAAAAUACGCAAUUAUCACUGGAAGGGAAGAUUCCUUUCGUUUCCUCUGCACGGCUGGAUGCUCAUGAUUUCUCUCUUAACAUUUGACUGUUGUUAUGAUUCUCAAAUAAAAAUCUCUUCCUCGCUUUCGCCUGUCUACGUUGCACGUAAUGAAAGCAUAGAGAAAGGUGUUACGGUGAUAAUAAAAUUGUUUAUUCCUAGACUGGACGAUGCUACUAAUCAAUUUGUAGGUAAAAUAAAUAAAUAUUCAUCAGGGAGCAUUCGUAAUAAUGAAUUACAUCUACACGCAACCAUCAUCUCCAACACAGAAAAUCACUGUGGGCGUUACAAUAAAAUGACAACAAGGAUUACAUACAAAAUUAACACGUAA